AUGCCCCUCUUUCGAAGAUCUAUAGCAGGAAGCUUGCAGCUUCUGCACAGCACGAGAGUUACGCCGUUCCAAUACCAAAGACCGAUUAACAAGCGACCUCACUCGUCUCUGACGGCCAGUGGAAGUCCCCGAAAAGAAGUCGCCCUUGCGACGCACGAUCAAGACCAAAGCUCCAUUCAAUAUGCCCUGACCACCCUGGACCAGGUAGCCAACUGGGCACUUCAGAGCUCCUUGUGGCCCAUGACCUUCGGCCUGGCGUGCUGUGCCGUGGAAAUGAUGCAUGCGGCCGGUCCUCGCUACGAUAUAGAACGCCUGGGAAUGCUGUUUAGGGCCUCCCCUCGACAGGCGGAUCUUCUGAUCGUGGCCGGCACGCUGACGAACAAGAUGGCGCCAGCGUUCCGACAGGUAUACGAUCAAAUGCCCGAACCACGAUUUGUGAUCAAUAUGGGAAGCUGCGCGAAUGGGGGUGGGUAUUAUCACUAUAGUUACUCUGUGGUCCGAGGCUGCGAUCGGAUUGUUCCGGUGGAUGUAUAUGUACCAGGAUGUCCGCCAACGGCCGAAGCGUUGUUGUAUGGGAUUUCCUUGGUGCAAAAGAAAAUUCGGCAUAGAAAAUUGACUCGGAUGUGGUAUAGGCGCUGA